UUCAACGAGAAGAAGGCUGCUUGUGUUUCAGGUUGUAGACGUAACUAAUAUACGAGCUAGCCACGCGAACAUGGACAGCGCAAUUCCCACCUUCCUUAUCCUGUUCUGUUUUUGGAUACAUGUGGUAGGAGCCAAGCUGCCUUCUCCAACUAAUGUGACACUGGAUUGCCAUAACAUGCAAAACACUCUACAGUGGACGUAUGACCAGCUGUCUGAUGGUAUAACGUUUACAGUGACUGUGAGGUCAAUUAAUAGUGAACCUGAGUCACUGAGCACAUCAGCUACAUCCAUUGACCUGUCCAAGUAUUCAGACCCAGACAGAGACUAUGCAGUGUGGGUGUCUGCUGUGAACGGCAGUGAAAAAUCUGAAGAAGUACCUGAGGAUGGGAUUGAGUACAGCUAUUACAAAGACGCCGUAUCACCAAUGAUAUGUAAAGUGGACUUUCCCUUUGUCAGUGUAACCAGAGAGGACAAACACCUUCACUUGAGCUUCACACACCCAGCAGUUCUAUAUUCCCCUGGUCACAAAUCCAAGAAGAAGAAAAGCCUAGACUCCCAGAUGCGCCUGCCCAUCUUUCACUACGAUAUUCACAUCAUUAACCAGACUGAGUCACAUAAACACAGCUGCUCAGAGAGUGUAUGUCAGGACAAGCUCCCAGUGCAUGACAGUGAGAAAAUCUAUUGUUUGAUCAUGAGUGGAGAGAUGAAGAAAAUAUCUGUACAAGCUACAGAGAAGUACUGUUCGAAGCCUCUGAAAGCUGCAGGAAUCAGUGCCCUUGCCUACAUUUUACCUAUUGUUCUGGUGGUGGUUGGUGGUCUCCUCAUUGUUUUAAUGGUGUUUGUCAAGAAAACAAAAUCAAUGCCUUUACUUCCAAGCUCUCUGAACAUUUCUAAGAGCAAUGGUCAUCGGCCGGAACAAAAAUCACAUGAGUCAGAGUAUUCUUCUGCACAUCUGGACCCUUCUUCCCCUACAUUACUCAUCCACACCAAACCAGGACACAGCAGAUUACAGUAGUUCAGGUGAAUGCACCAUACGACUGCGUCUUGGAAUAAAAGAAGAAGACAAUGAAAUCCAACUGGAGUCUGAGGAAGCAGUAAUGCCACUAGACACGGGCUACUCAGACGGCAAGUACUUAGAUGAAGAUGAGGAAGCCCCUAUUCCGUAUGAGCCGCGCAACACUGCUGAAGCGAAUAAUGACUGAGAAUGCAAUGACAUGUAAAUUCACUAUCAUUCAUUUAAAUUCCCCAAAACAAAUGUCAUGAUAUUUGUAUCAUUUGUAAUAGUGGGAUUGUUACGCAGAUAUAACCAUACACCAUUUACUGGAACAGAUUUUGGCUAAAGGAGUAUGGAUAUCGGCUAUAGGAUUUUCAAAUGUUUUAAUUUUAUACUUUUUUGUUUUGUUCUGACUGUCAAACCCUAACAUUUCAAAAGAUAAUGUCACUUUAAAUGAGAGCAAGCUCUGAUUUGUGUUAGCACCUUGUAUAAAAAUAAUUUAAAUAGUGCCUUUUGAUUUUUACCAGAUGAAUCUUAACAUCAAAAGUGCUUAAUGCAUUAAACAGUAUGAACACAUCAUAGAUGUAAACUAUUGUUGUGGUGUCUGGAAAGACCCCAAAACUAAAACUCCCAAGUAAAUAAUUUGCACUUUGAAUCCUGUUGCACUGAAAUUUUUCCCAAGUUCAACUAAAACUACAUUUCUACACUAAGUGAUAUAUGAUCAUGUUGGCUCUAAUUCUCACACAGUUGAACAUUGCUUCCAUGUUAUGUACAGGAAAUGUCAAACCACACAGGGCUUAAUGGUUUAUUAUAGAAGCCAAUGUGAGGUGGACCUCAAAAGUUGCACAUAAUCUAUAAUCUGAGCAGAUGUAUAUUCCUCAUCCCUGUGGUGCUGUAAAGGCCUAAGAGCCAAGACGUCUCUCAGCAGUGCUCUGAGAGAUGGAGUUGUAAGUUAUUGAAGUUGCGUUGGGUGUGUAUAUAAUCUACAUAUCUUGUCUUACAAUACUUCAUGUUUGGGCUUGUGCCAUUAUCUUAACAUGCACUUGGAAUUGUAUGAUUUUAUUUGUCUGUUUUUGCCUUUUUAAUUUCUGUAUUUUAAUACUGCAGGUUUUAGCAUCUUUGUGAAUCAGUAUCCACUAUGUUGUCAUUCUGCUGUGUCAUUAAGUAAGAAUAAUUGUGUUUUUUUUAUUUUUUAUUGUUACUUCUUUCUUCUGUAUUCACAUUGUUAAUACAUGUGCAAAGUUUGUCUGCUUCAGGUAUAAAAGAAUGAAUGCCCUGCUUAUUUA